UCUAAAAAUAAGUAAAAAAAAUGCAAGUUAAAAUAUUUGAUUAAUAUAAUUGCUAUAUAGCUGUCGGUAAAAUAUUGAAUUAAUUUUUUGUGAACUUGAAAAAAAAAGGGUAUAAAUUGUGUUUGAACGCUGUUUGUAUCCUAGUAUUCUUUUAUAAGACAAUUAGUUUGAUUUUAUUAUAUUAGUAAUUUAUCAUAAAUUAUAUAAAUGAUAAAUCAGAUAUUUUUAUGUUUUAGAGUAAGUAACUCUUCUAUAUUUUAAAGUAAAAUUAAUUUGCAUAACAUAUUAUCACUUACAAUAAAAAAUAUUAUGAUGAAUACAUUAUUUUAAUAUGUAUAAACUUAAAAACUGAAAAAGAAAUUAUAUUUAAACCUACACUGUCUAAUACAUAAUCAUAAUCACAAUCACACAUAUUAACAUACUGUUAUAAAAUGUAAUUCACAUUAGCAUAAUAAAUUGUACUAUGUAUAUUAUUACAUUAAAUGCCAUUAAUAUAAAAAAUAAACAUAGGGACAAUUUAUUGUGAAAAAUCAAAAUCUAAAUAAAUUAUACAACUUUUUGGAAGUAUAUUUUUUACAAUACAGAUAUUUUAUUUUAUAUAAUAUAGUAUUUUAUUGUAUAAUUAUAUUUAUAGAAAUUUAUUUCAAAAUCAGAUAUUUUUACUUUUACAGUAAAUAGCUAUUGUAUGAUUUUUAGAAAAAUAUAUAUUUGGUGAUGAGAUAUAUUUUAAUAGUUAUUAAAUUUUCUUUUAUCUUAAGAUUAUUAAUUUUUUGAUUUUUUUUUAAAUAAGCAGAUUUUUUUUCCAAUUCAGAAAGCACUAUAUAUCUUUUAACAUAAAUAUAUUUUAGUUCAGAGUUUAAUUUUAUUUGAUACCUAUUAGUUUUUGCUACAUGCAAAAGAUAAUUAUCUUAAUUUGAACAAAAAAUAAUAAUUAUCUUAGUGCCAAAUGUAUCAAUUUUAUUAAUUAGUAACUAAACAAACUUGAUGAGAUUGAUAUUUCUUUCUUUUUCAUCGCCUAUAUUCCUUUCUUAUUUAUGUAGGAACUAGUUGGAUUUUGUAUUCAUUGGGAAAUGCAAAUCGUUAUAUAACCCAUUUAAUAGGCUAGGUAAAAUCUAAUUAUUUUGGUCAUAACAAUUUCGUUGUGUUGCUUCUUACGUCGAAUCCUUGUUCCUUGGGGUUUCCUCGUGAAGAUGUUAGAAACCAAAAUUGAAGAGAUAGAUUGUGAAGACAGGAUCAGUGCUUUGCCCGUAGAGUUGCUUGUGACAAUUUUGUUGCUUGUCCCGAUUAAAGAUGCAGUAGCCACCAUGAUUUUGUCCAAAAGAUGGCGCUGUAUAUGGAUGAUGUUGCCUAGACUUGAUUACAAUGAAACCAAUGAUAUCAAAGAUGAUCAUGAUUGUGGUGGUGGUGAUGAUGAUGAUGAUGAUGAUGAUGAUGAUGAUGGUGAUGGUGAUGGUGAUGGUGAUGGUGAUGGUGAUGGUGAUGGUGAUGAUGUUGAUGGUGAUGGUGAUCUUGAGAGAAAGAAGAGCAUUUUUUUGGACAAGUCACUGAAACUUCACAAAGCACCUGUCUUAGAAAAAUUGCUUAUUAGUCUUGGUCGACGAUGUCCUAGUGAUGCUAAUGUCGGAAAUUGGGUUGAAAAGGCUGUUGAUCGCGGCGUCGUCGUGGUAAAAUUCAAGCUUCGCUGGUCAGCAGGUCCAACCACAUUGCCUAGGAGCCUUUACACCUGCGAAACACUCAAAGAACUGAGUCUAUCUAACAAGGUUCUUGUUGAUUUCCCUUCUUCCCCUUCCUGCCUCCCGUCACUCGAACUACUUCAACUUUUCUGUGUGGCAUAUAAAGACGAGGCUUCUCUCGCUAGGUUCUUAUCUAGCUGCCCUGUCCUUGGAAUAUUGAUAGUGAAAAGAAAGAAGAGUGACAAUCUGACAAACUUUAUUGUGAAAGUGUCUUCUUUAUGGAUGUUAUUUUAUAAUAAUACAGCUUGUCUGCAAGAUGACACUGACGUAGUGGAUAGUGAUAGUUGUUUGGUUAUAGAUACUCCGGCAUUAAUAAAGUUUAAGGUCGAUGAUGAUUCAAGAGACUCUUGGUCGAUUGGGAAUAUGCCUUGUCUCGAGGAGGCAUAUAUUAGUGUCAACUCUUUAUCUAAUUUUGACAAGUUCAUAACAGCUUCUUCGUCGAUCUUGUCUCUUGACUUGACUUUUACCGAUGAAAUGCUUGUGCGUUGUAGCACCCUAAGAUUUUCUCGACUUAUAAAGUUAUCUGUAGAUCCAAGUAGAUCCGACUGGGUGGAACCACUCUUACUUCUACUAGCAAAUACUCCAAAACUUGAAGAACUUUUGGUAAAUUAUGAAUUUAUCUAUGACCUCGAGGAUAUCCCACUUUCAUGGAAUCAACCAAGUUCUAUUCCUGGAUGCUUGUCGUCACAUCUAAAAAUAUUUGAAUGGAGAUACUAUGGACACAGAGAAGAAGAGGAAGAAUUCUUGACAUACAUCCUAGCCAAUUCUAAGUGUUUAAAGACUGCGUCAAUCUCCCUCAAACCCAUGUUAGAUCCUGAACUAGAGCAAGAUGCUAUCAUCGGAAAAUUGAAAGAUAUUCCUAGGGUUUCAACAUCAUCUCAACUUUCGGUCAAUUGAAAAUUUAUUUCGAGUUAUCAUAUUUUUAGCCAUAUAAUGAAGCUCAGUUAAUGUGCACGCUUAUCAAUAAAUUGAACCAGAACCUCUAAAUGUAAUGUGAACAACUUGCUAUGGCUAUAAUGUAAACAAAUUGUAUGCU